AUGGAAACUUCAUUCCAACCAAGGAUUUACAAUAUUGCUGAAAGGCGUAAUUACACACCAAACUUUACUUCAAACGACUAUGAAACCAAUUUCUUAAAUAAAGGAACUCCGUUAAUUAUUGAUAACGGAUCAUAUCAGUGUCGUGUUGGGUGGGCUACUGAUAUUUCACCAAGAUUACAAUUUGAUAAUUUGGUGUCUAAGUAUAAAGAUCGAAAAAUAAAUCAAAGCGUUUUAUUGGUCGGAAAUGAUGUUUACACGGACGCUACGGCAAAAACGAAUGCAAAAUCAGCGUUUGAUGGAAAUGUAGUAUAUAAUUUUGAAACUAUGGAAUCUGUUUUAGAUUACAUCUUUAUCAAACUUGGGAUCAAUACCGAUAGAGUAAAUCAUCCAAUAUUAAUGACCGAACCUGUAUGCAAUCCAAGCCAUUCGCGAAAAUUGAUGACUGAGUUGCUAUUUGAAUGUUAUCGUGUACCGUCGGUGUGUUAUGGUAUUGACGCUCUUUUUAGCUUUCACUUUAACGAAUUAUCCUUCGAUGAAGGUGGAAUUGUGAUAUCAUCUGGCCAUACUACAACCCAUGUUAUACCAGCGUUUGGUCGUAGCGUGUUAGGACAGACUAAAAGGAUAUCAUAUGGUGGACUGACAUCAACGGAUUAUAUGUUAAAGUUAAUGCAAUUAAAAUAUCCAACAUUUCCAACGAAGAUGACUGUUAAUCAAGCACAACAUCUUGUACAUAAUCAUACGUAUGUUGCCGAAGAUUAUUUCUCCGAGUUAAAGGAAUAUACAGAUCCGAAAACAUUUGCUGAAAAGGAUCGAAUCAUUCAAUUUCCUUAUGUGCCACCGGCUAAUGAAAAGAGUGAAGAGGAAUUAGCCAGAGCAGAAGAAAGAAGGCAAGAACAAGCACGCCGUUUAAAAGAACAGGCCGCAAGAUUAAGACAUCAAAAGGGUAUUCCACCUCCGGAAGCAAACCGGCCACAACCAGCGCCUGUAGUUCAAAAUCCACCCCAGACUUCAGUUCCCUAUAGACCCCCAACUAAUACACCUGCACCAAUACCAGGUUCAUAUACUCCCCCAACUAAUUCACCUCAGCCCCAACAUAAUACACCAUACCGUCAUCCGGUUUCACAAUCAACAUUACCUUAUCCUCCACAAGGAAAUUCUGCGCCCUAUCCACCACAAGGAAAUUCUGCGCCCUAUCCACCACAAGUAAAUUCUGCGCCCUAUCCACCACAAGGAAAUUCUGCUCCCUAUCCACCUCAAGGAGCGUCUGCGCCCUAUCCACCUCAAGGAACUUCUGCGCCCUAUCCACCUCAAGGAACGUCUGCACCCUAUCCGCCUCCAACGUCUGCACCCUAUCCUCCAACGUCAGCACCCUAUCCACCUCAAACACAUCAGGGUGCGUUUUCGCCUCAAACAUCUGCACCUUAUCCGCCUCAGGGACCUCAAGGGUAUCCAGCAAUGGCACCGCCACCGGUUGGAGGCCAUCCUCAACCACCUCCAAAUGGUAGUCCAGUGUCAUUUCCGUUACCUAUACCAACACCUAAUGCACCAGCUCCUAAUGGUGGAUACCCUCAGUAUAAUGCAGGUUCUAAUUAUCCUAAUUAUCCUACACAAGUACAAGGCGGUUAUCAACAACCACCAUAUCCACCUAAUAAUGUUUAUCCACCUCCUAAUAACCAAAUGUAUCCACCACCAAAUUUUGGCCAAGGAUACCCACCUACAGGAGGUCCUUAUUAA